GACCUUUGGGAUCUUCGCCACCCUUGGACCCCCUCACCCUUGCGGACUUGAGGAGUGUUAAAAUCUCCAAGACGCGAGUCACCGGUACGAAGCCACAGCCAUUUCGCCGCUUGCUCGGUGCAAGUGCAGACGGUCCUCGUGGUUGAGAGCGGAGUCCAGCACGUGGGCGGCGUUGGGCACCUUCGGCCGCGCCCUCCGCUCCACCACCGGUGGGCGCGGCCCGAGCCAGUCCCUAAAGCCAGGAGGCCGCCCGCUCCGAGCCUUAUGCUUCCGACCGCUGCGCGCGGCUCCUGGGCUGUCGCAGUCUCCCGUUGCCGCCGUCAUGUCCCGGCAGCUGUCGCGGGCCCGGCCAGCCACGGUGCUGGGCGCCAUGGAGAUGGGGCGCCGCAUGGACGCGCCCACCAGCGCCGCAGUCACGCGCGCCUUCCUGGAGCGCGGCCACACCGAGAUAGACACGGCCUUCCUGUACAGCGACGGCCAGUCCGAGACCAUCCUGGGCGGCUUGGGGCUCCGGCUGGGCGGCAGCGACUGCAGAGUGAAAAUUGCUACCAAGGCCAAUCCAUGGAUUGGGAACUCCCUGAAGCCUGACAGUGUCCGAUCCCAGCUGGAGACGUCACUGAAGCGGCUGCAGUGUCCCCGAGUGGACCUCUUCUAUCUACAUGCACCUGACCACAGCACCCCGGUGGAAGAGACACUGCGUGCCUGCCACCAGCUGCACCAGGAGGGCAAGUUCGUGGAGCUUGGCCUGUCCAACUAUGCCGCCUGGGAAGUGGCCGAGAUCUGUACCCUCUGCAAGAGCAACGGCUGGAUCCUGCCCACUGUGUACCAGGGCAUGUACAGCGCCACCACCCGGCAGGUGGAAACGGAGCUCUUCCCCUGCCUCAGGCACUUUGGACUGAGGUUCUAUGCCUACAACCCUCUGGCUGGGGGCCUGCUGACCGGCAAGUACAAGUAUGAGGACAAGGACGGGAAACAGCCCGUGGGCCGCUUCUUUGGGACUCAGUGGGCAGAGAUCUACAGGAAUCGCUUCUGGAAGCAGCACCACUUCGAGGGCAUUGCCCUGGUGGAGAAGGCCCUGCAGGCCGCGUAUGGCGCCAGCGCUCCCAGCAUGACCUCGGCCGCCCUCCGGUGGAUGUACCACCACUCACAGCUGCAGGGUGCCCACGGGGACGCGGUCAUCCUGGGCAUGUCCAGCCUGGAGCAGCUGGAGCAGAACUUGGCAGCAGCAGAGGAAGGGCCCCUGGAGCCGGCUGUCGUGGAUGCCUUUAAUCAAGCCUGGCAUUUGUUUGCCCACGAAUGUCCCAACUACUUCAUCUAAGCUCAUCGUGGCUCAGGCUGCCCAAGGCUUUUCUGUCAACUAUUUUGCUCUCUCCCACUUUGUCUAACUUAGAACUGCCUCAGUAAAUUCUUAGGGAUGGAAGUAUUUGGACAAAAACCUAACAGUAGAGUCACCACCAAAGGAAGAAUAAAACCUCCCAGGGUGCUGUGUGUUAGUCUGUUUGCGUUGCUAUAAAAGAAUACCUGAGACUGGGUCAUUUAUAAAGAAAAGAGGUUUAUUUGGCUCACCACUCUGCAGUCUGUACAAGAGGGUGUGGUGCCGGCAUCUGCUCUUGGUGAGGGCCUCAGGAAGCUUAGAAUCAUGGCAGAAGGGGAAACGGAGCCAGCGUGUCACAUGGUGAGAGAGGGAGCAAGAGACAGACAGGGGAGGAAAUUCACACACUGAUGGUGGGGAUGUAAAAUGGUACAACCAGUUUGGAAAAUAGUUUGGCAGUUUCUCAAAGGAUUAAACAUAAAAUUACCAUAGGAUUCAGCAGUUCCACUUGUGGGUAUAUAGCCAAGAGAAAUGAAAACAUAUCUCCCCACAAAAAACUUGGGCAUGAGAUUUCACAUUAUCAUUGCUCAUAAUAGCCAAUAAGUAAAAACAACCCAAAUGUCCAAGAAUGAAUUAAUGGUUAAACAAAAUAUGGUAUAUUCAUACAACAGACUAUUAUUCGGCCAUUAAAAAAAAAAAAGAGUGGCUGACACCUGUAAUCUCAGCACUUUGAGAGGCCAAGGCAGGAGGACUGAUUGAAGACAGGAGUUCCAGACCAGUCUGGGAAACAAAGCGAGACCCUGUCUCCACUAAACAUAAAAACAAAAUUACUGGGGCCCCAUGGCACACACCUGUAGUCCCAGCUGCUUGGGAAGCUGAGAUGGGCAGAUUGCUUGAGCCCAGGUAUUCAAGUCUGGAGUGAGCUAUGACUGUGCCACUGCACUCCAGCCUGGGCGACAGAGCAAACCCUGUUUCCAAACAAACAAACAAACAAACAAACACACAAACAGAAGUACUUAAACAUCUACAAUGUAAGUGCAUCUUGAAGAUGUGUUAAAGAAGCCAAUUACAAAAGGUUUCACGUUGUAUGAUUUCGUUUAUAUGAAAUGUCCAGAAUAGGCAAAUCUGUUUGAGAGAGAGAAAGUAGAGUACUUGCCUAGGACCGGGAGGAGGUUUGCGAGGAAAUGGAGAUUCACUGCUAAUGAGUACAGGGUUUCUUUUGGGGGCGCUUAUGAAGAUGCUCUGAAAUUGAUUGUGAUGGUUGUACAACUCUGAAUACAUGAAACAGCAUUAAAUCAUCAUUUUAAGUAAGUCAA